AUGUUUACAGAUGCAAGAGCAGACUAUGAGCUGUAUGACAACGUGCCUUGUGCUGACACAGGAGAGGUUCUCUAUAGAGUGGCCCAUAUAUUCUGUCAGUUAUUAGCCAAGGAGGAGGGUGAAGAUAAUCUUACAACCAAAGAUCUUGAGAUGCUCCCUAGCCAUAUCAAGCUCCUAGCAAGCCAAGCAGUGACUGUAUGUAAACCAGAACUAAUCUGUGAUUGCUUGGAAUUAAGUAAAUGUGCAUCACUUGCUGAUUCUCUGUCCAAACAGAGUGAGAUUGGGGAUUAUGGCAUCUCUGUCCAGAGAGUCUCUGAGGACUUACAUGAUGCAUCCAACCUUGACCCCUACACAACCUGGACAUUCGACAAACACUUCAAAGAAGAUGGACUCGUGCUUGAUUCCUCUCUAAUUCUCCCCUUAGCAUACCAGUACACAAUUGCCAGUCUUCCUAGCUCAGAAAAAUUGCCACAUCCUUACCAACAAAACAGGAUCCAGGGUGUUUCCAGGCAACAACAGAUCAAGAAAUCUCAACAGGCCAAUCAAAAGACCCCUGAGGCUGCUCCUUUCACUUUGAGUACAGUCGGGGUUAAAAUUGUUGAUCACUUACGCGAGAAUAGUCUGUUGGAGCUCUGUGCACAUUACAGUAUUGAUGCUGUGUCUUCCAUACUUCAGCAUAUUGCGACUCAGAGCAUGGGCUUUCCUAUUAGUGAUCAGGAUAUGUUAGGUGUGAUAGAGAAGGAGAAGGAUCUUGGUAUGCAGGCACUACUCAGGAGUCAGGGGAUCAUACAGGACAUCACUGUGGCGCUGAUAUCAAAGAUGGUCAGUCACAGAGUAGUGGACCAUAACUUAGUGCUAGGCAAUCUCUAUACUCUAUCAGCUAAAGGAGCGUUGAACACUCUAAGGUCACACUCCACUAAACCUGGGAACAGCUAUAAGAGGAUAAUGUAUUUGUCCAGGAUUGGAAUAGAUCUUUCGGUACUUCUAAAAGAUGAGAAAGCGCUGAAAACUUGUAAAGCACUGCAAGUAAAUGCAACUUGGGGGCAUAGGCUAUCAACAUUAGGGAUCCAAUUUAAAGAGGUAUUCAAUGGGCCUUCAGAACACAAAGAGAAGAUACUGCCAUCUAUUGUUCAACAUGCUGAAGGAAGCAUAUCACUAGUAACAGAAUAUUGCAGAGAUUUCAACCUAGACCCUAACAAAGCACUUUGUUUGUUUUUGGACAAUUUAUUACAUCAUCCAACAGGGGACACUUACAGCCACAAACAGAUGCUUGACAAAGUUGAGAUAGUGAUCAAAGAAAUAAGUGAUAAAGAAGACCUACUUCUUCGCCUAAAGGAUAUAUACAUGAAGAUAGAUGCUUAUAACUAUGAAUCUCUGGGAUUUGUUUUGGAACAAAUUAAUAAAUUAUCAACCAGCGCUGAUAUACAAAAGAGCUUGAAACUUUUAGAAUAUCUAAAUGACUAUGUGCGACAAGCUCCACCUUCUGAAUAUGAGAAAUCAUUUCAACCAAUCAGUGAGGAUGAUGUCCUUAUGUACGGCAAUAACAACCUCCCUCCCCAGGCAGAGACUCGACUCCCAUUUCAUCUAUUUAUGAAGGCCCCUUGGAAGAUUAUCACUCCUGAACUGAAUGCUGGAACUGUUGAUGCCUUUGUUUCCAUAGCAACUCUGCUUCAACUGCAGCUUGACACAGUAUACAUCACUACAAUUCAAAAUACAAUAGACUCUCAUAUCACAUCAGUCAAACAGCAGGACAACUCAGGCAGUGCAGUUAUAGAGAAGGCCAACUGUAAUUGGAAUGUGAAAAAUGAUAUCAAUGUUAAAAUGUUCGCAACUUUGAAGAGACUGAUUCUUUGUAUUGAUAGCUGUGUUAAUGCCCUCGGUGUGGCACAAUAUGUUGUUAAAGCCCUCCCUAUGGGGCCUGAAAAGGUGUGGGCUUUAUAUCUGGCAGCCCACCUAGCUGAGAAAUGGCUACAGUCAGAGAAACCAGGGACACCACAAUAUGAACAAGCCAAGAUUUCAACAAAGAAAUUCACAGAUUUGCAUCGGAGAAUGGCCACUGAAGAAAUCCUUUACAAGAAUUCACUUGGAGAGAAAGAGUUCCUAGCUCUCACUGGAUCUCCCGCCAAGUUAAUCUUCCAGCUUUACAGUCAUGACAGCAUUCUUAGAAGAUCAAAUGCAGGAAAUCUGGACAAGUUUCCAGAUAUCCACAAAGUGGCUGAAGAUAUCAGUGUGCUCCACAAGGUCAACUUACAAAAGGUUCACCUAAACCUACUUGAGAAAUGGCUGCAUGCUUCCAAAGACUUGAAACAACAGGAGGAUGCUGAUGCUACAAUGACAUUCAAUGUGAAUUUUGAUGUAGAAGAGGCUGUUGCUGAAAAUACUGGGGAAAUGUCUGAAGAUGAAAAGAAUUUACGAAGGGUUACCUAUGUCCUAAAGUAUGGUAAAGUGCAGGAUAAUGUCCUUUUUCUACUCAACUUUACCUUUAAAGAAAAUAGCAGUAGGACCACAAACAUGUGUCGAGUGAGAGCUUUACGCUGUUUGUUUAACAUUGCUGACCUUGAGACUAUAGAGCAGAUAUAUAAAAACCCAAUUGACAAAAUCAAGAAUGAAAUGAAAUGUCUGUUAUACCUUGUGGAGCUUGAGAAAUUACGCCUGAACCACACGAAAGCAUCAUUUGCCAAAUGCAACAAGGAGGGACUUGUUAGAGGAAUCUGGAGGAACCAUAGCCAUGAGAGAAGUGCUGUCAGACUGGUGUCAGAUCUGUGCUUAGACUACAAAAUAUAUGAUGUUCAUUUGUGGAAUGGAGUUCUUCAACAGCUAUUGGCCUUCAACAUGAUGCAGUACUUAGAGCAUGUAUUGGUUUGCCUGUCUGGUAUACCAGAGUUGUGGCAGGUGCCCUGUAUAGAGAAGAUGUGGAAGACUGUUCUCUUACAGCACUCUGAACCCACUGCCCUUCUACAGAGGUGUCCUCUCCUGUUAGAUAUGCCCCUGGAUCAGAUACUGGACAAACAUUGACUUUAAAUUGAACACACAGAUAUUUUAAAUCAACAUUAUGGUCAGGUUUAAAUUGUAUGGAGAUGCAAGGCCUUAUUGUUCAUUUUAUUCUUAACAAGAAAGACUUGGUUGCCUGGCUAAUGGGUGAUACACAGAUGAGGCAAUAUGCAGAACAACUACUGAACAGCCACAUACUGUACAGUAUGCUGAAUCUGGAUUAUUUGAAUAUGGAAUGAUAGCAUAAUGCUUAUAUACUGUAGGGACAGUUACGUAAAUGUAUGUACUGCUAAUAGUGAUACCCUUGCAAAAUGUAUCCAAAGCAAUAAAUCAUAUAUUUUAUCAAUAUUACAUUUAUUUUUCAUGAUUAAUAUUUCA